GGACAGAGCUGUUUCAUCUAGAGAGAAACCAUCUAUCCCACACCAUGAAGCUGCUGGUAGUAGCCGUGUUUCUGAGUCUCACUGCAUACGCAGCGAGUCAGACCAUCAACUGCUUCCAGUGCGAAGCGGACGUGUCCGACUCCGUCACGGGCGGUAUAACCGGGAACAACCCGUGUCUCAAAAACGCCAACAACCGCAACUCCACUGUGCAGACCGCCACUUGUGCAGCCUCUGCGCAAUGCUUCACGAGGAUCAGGACCCUUUUGGGGUACGCCUUCACCAUCGAGCGGGGAUGCUGGACUAACUAUGAUGACAAGGGAGACGCGGACAACUGUGCCAACAAGGAGGACAACGACUGUAAUGGUGUCACCAAGAGCGGGACCUGCUUCAAGUGUUGUAACACCAACAGGUGUAACGCCAACUUUGCGCAACUGGCUGGAGUAAAGAACGGAGUGUCCGGACUGCACAUGCUGUCUGUAAUGGCGCUGUUACCGGUGGCUGUAGCCAUGUUCUUCUAAUGCUCCAGGAUCAUUUUCUUUCCUUUGCGCUGUAUUAACGUGUGUCGUAACGCUACAUAAUCUCAGAACCUUUGUAUUACAAUGAAAUGUAAUGUAGUUUUGUACCGCUAGGUGGCCCUUCUGCAUGGUCAGAUGAUGCAUGUUCGAUUGGGAGAUCUCACACGAUCGUUGAGCAACGGAUAUGUGGAAGACAUUACGUGUGCAGAUACUGGUCUAUCUGGUACUUAUAUACAACAUUACAUACAUUAUUGUAUGAUAUUUGCCAUGAUGUCAAUCAAAUAAUGGAAUAAAAUCAUUGGCUACCAAAAAAAUGAUGAGCUUUCGGUAGCCCUUGUG